GCCGCAGCUGACGGCAUGAGGCGCGAUCCGACCCCCGGCUUCUCCAUGCUGCUCUUCGGGGUGUCUCUCGCCUGCUACUCCCCCAGCCUCAAAUCGGUGCAGGACCAGGCGUACACCGCGGCCGUGGUGGUGGAGGGCAAGGUGCAGGCGCUGCCCCCCCCGCCUGGCAGCGGCAAUGGCACCCGCGAGCCGCCUGCCUCCUCUGGGGGGGUCCUGGUGAAAGUCUUGGACCUGUGGCCCCGUAACAGCGGGGGGCUGCAGCGUGAGCAACUGAUCAGCGUGGGCAGUGCGGGCUCCCCGGCGCCCUGCUUCAAAGUGAAGAGGAACCACCGCUACAUCUUCUUCCUGGAGCCCACCGAGCAGCCCCUGGUCUUCAGGACAUCCUUCGCCCCCUUGGACACCAGCGGCAAGAACCUCAAGAAGGAUGUGGGCAGGAUCCUGUGCGCAGACUGCGCUGUUCCUCCCAAACUGAAGAAACUGAAAAGCCCAAAUGUUCACAUCGGGGAAAAAAUUUCACUGAAAUGUGAGGCUACUGCAGGGAAUCCCCAGCCCUCCUACAAGUGGUAUAAAGAUGGCAAAGAACUGAAGAAGAGCAAGGACAUCCGAAUAAAAUAUGGGAAUGGCAAAAAAAUUUCCAGGCUGCAGUUCAAUAAGGUGAAGCUGGAAGACGCUGGGGAGUAUAGCUGUGAAGCCGAGAAUGUGCUAGGGAAAGACACAGCAAAAGGCAGCCUUAAUGUGAGAAGUGUAGCGACCACACUCUCCUCCUGGUCAGGACACGCCAGAAAAUGCAAUGAAACAGCCAAAUCCUAUUGCGUCAACGGUGGGGUGUGCUACUACAUCGAAGGGAUCAAUCAGCUGUCUUGCAAAUGUCCAAAUGGAUUCUUCGGACAGAGAUGUUUGGAAAAACUGCCUUUGCGAUUGUACAUGCCAGAUCCUAAGCAAAAAGCUGAAGAGCUCUAUCAGAAGAGAGUUUUAACCAUCACUGGGAUCUGCGUUGCAUUGCUUGUGGUUGGAAUAGUAUGUGUGGUCGCUUACUGUAAAACCAAAAAACAACGAAAACAAAUGCAUAACCAUUUACGGCAAAAUAUGUGUCCCGCCCAUCCGAACCGGAGCCUUGCCAAUGGCCCCAGUCACCCCCAGCUGGAUCCGGAGGAAAUUCAGAUGGCUGAUUAUAUUUCUAAAAACGUUUCUGCCACUGACCAUGUGAUACGGAGGGAAACAGAGACGACGUUUUCAGGAAGUCAUUCCUGCUCCCCAUCUCACCAUUGCUCCACAGCUACUCCAACUUCAAGCCAGAGGCAGGAAAGCCACACAUGGAGCUUGGACCGCACAGAGAGCCUGACUUCUGAUUCGCAGUCUGGUAUGAUGCUCUCUUCAGUGGGAACCAGUAAAUGCAACAGCCCUGCCUGUGUCGAGGCCCGCACCCGGCGAGGAGCUGCGUAUUGCAUUGAGGACUCGAGAAGACCCACGAUGCAAUACAGGGAUUCUGUGGAUUCGCUGCGAGACUCGCCACACAGCGAGAGGUAUGUGUCUGCUCUGACAACACCAGCACGUUUGUCUCCUGUCGACUUCCAUUACUCACUCACUGCACAGGUACCUACCUUCGAGAUCACCUCCCCCAAUUCUGCUCACGCGGUGUCCCUUCCACCUGCGGCACCCGUUAGCUUCCGAGUGGAAGAGCAGCAGCCUUUACUGCGACGCUAUCAGGUGCCCUUCCAGGAUAUGCAGAGAUAUGACAGUUACUACCAAAGGAAGAGCUACUUGAAUGAGAGCAUGGGGAGCCUGCCUUCGAGCCCCUUCCGCAUCACGGAGGAUGAUGAGUAUGAAACGACACAAGAGUACAUCCCAGCACUAGAACAACCAAAGAAAACAGCGAGCAACAACAGGCGGUGGAAAAGAUCUAAACUCAACGGGCAGGUCUCACACAGAGCCCGGACGGUCAGAGACUCCUUCUCAGGAAGCAGUGCUUCAUAUAGUGAGUCUGAUGAGGAGCUCAUGGCGGAGAGCACCCCGUUCUUAAGCAUUCAAAACACUGAGGCAAUGAACACAGAUUCGCCACCGCUGUAUCGGCCGGGAGACAGCAGGACUUACUAUUCCUUCGAGAGACAAAGCGCACAGUUGGAGAGCGGGCAAAGCAGAUCGACACACACAAGACCCAAACAGGACUCGGCUCCUCUUUAGAAGCCACACAAACUCACACACCCACAAACACACCUGUAUCAAAAAGGAGGAAAGAUAUUUUUAUUUUGUAUAAAAGAGGAAAAAAUAUAACAAAUCAAAUGUUUUAUUUUCAUUUUAGCAAAGUUGUCUUAUAAUAGCUAACAGCAAAGACUUUUUUAUAGGGAAUCUCUAUUUAUAUGUAACAUCUUGACUUACAGCUUCCGAGAGAAAAAAACACAAACAAAACAAAACAAACAAACAAACAAAUAAAUAAAUAAAAGAUGGGCCAAUUUUUGACAACUUAAAAAUAGAAAAACAAAAUCGUGGUGCCUUUUUUGCUGUAUGCUAAUACCAGAGUCCAUGCUGAGGAUUACGUUUCAGUAGCAUUCUUAAGAUCAUAGGUUUUAGUUCAAGACAACUUACCAUGUUAAGGGCACUUUCCCAUUUGAAAAAACAGCACCCUCCCCUUUGCCCCAUCUCUGGAUGUUUAUGAUCUCGUUCUUGAAAACAUUGUUAUAACACACACAAAUGACGUGUGUAUGUAUAUUCUCAUUAAUACCUCCUAAGGGGAAUCCAUCUUGCCCACUCCAAUAGUUGUAGUUUUGCUUGUUUCAGGAUGGGGAAAUUACAUACCAGAAUGCAGAAAUAAUGGGUUGUUUUUUUCAACAUCGGUAGGAAAAGGGGAAAAAAGCAUACAGUAGCAACAACCCUUGCAAUAUAUUUGUUGACUGUGUUACUUGUGGGGUCCCAGGUAAAACUCACUCAUUUUGGCACAGUUUUGUGAAGUUGUAGUCAAAUGAAUAAAACGUUUACAUGGAUGUGGUAAAAUAUUAUGUAUUUAUAUAUGGUUGAAUCCACUUUAUUGGUGCAGACCCUGAUGGGAAGGGAAACAGCCCACUGCAGCAGUUACAGACAAGCACUCUUGACUGGUCAAUUGUUUUAAAAGGUGGCAGUACAGUAUUGCAAGAAACAACGUGAAGCUUAGACAGAGUUACAUAUUGGCCAUGAUAGUACGGAAAAGUAGAGCAAAGGACAUGGAGAAGUUAGUGACAGCACGACCACCAGUAUAGCCCUGCUAGUUGCUGUGCAUCAGCUAUAGAUAGUGUUGAGUGUGCUCCAUAUGCAAUUGAUCCCUUUUUAAAGUCACUGCAAUGCAUCCCCAGAACCCUGCCUCUGGCCAAUGAAACAGGCGGGCAAUGUAGCAGGAAAGCCAUUCAGUGGAUUCUUCUGUAUCCAUGUGCCGUAUAUUGUAAAGAAAGUUGUUAUUGUAAUGUACCAGUGUUAACAUAAUAACUUGCUAUCAAAGAUGGACAUCAUGUUUGGGGCAGCCCUGGCCCCUGGACCCGUGGCUCAAAGAGACAGUGCUGUGUGUCCAAUCAGCGGAACAUUCACAUGUGAAAGUGCCCCUCCUUUCAGUUCACUGCAGCAACCCUGUUUACAUUGUAGCCUGACUUAUUUCUUUUUAUAUUUUCACUUCUGCAUGUCCUUUGCAUUUCAGAUACUGUAGAUUGGAUGCAUGGUGAAGCUGUGACUGAGAAGAUAAUACAACAACUGACAGUGUAUUUCAUUUAACUUUUAGCAAUAAAGUAACUAAACCCUCUAUUCUUCACCCACAAUGGGGUCAAAUGGAAACUCUGCUAAUUAGUCAUAAGAUGAUUGUAAACAUUUGC